AUAGUGUUUUAGACCAAAAGAAGAAAGCGUUUGGACAGGUCGUGUGUGCUCAUAGUGCGGACACUCUUGUUGCAAUUUGGGGGUUCAGUGGCUGCUGCAUUUGUUGGCACAUUUAGCAGUGCACUUUUGGUCAGUUGGUAGACCUUGCGGUUGAAUACGUGGAGAGUCGUGAAGGUGUUUUAUGAUCCUAGAAAUCAUUACACUUGCUUUGCAAAAACCAAAUAACGCCUAGACAAGUGUUGUGCUGAUAAAGAUCCUAGUGUAUGCAGCAUCUCCACGUGAUACAAUCGUAGGAGGCUUUGGAAGUGUGGCGCUCAAAUUUAGUGAAGCCCUAAACAUGUGCAAUGUAAAAUAGGAAACAAAAAUGUUUUGCUAAGCGAAGGCUAAAAUUCAAAACCGGGAUUUUGAAUUGAAGUGUAAAAAAAUAAUGCCAGUGGGCACAAGCCAGUGAAACUAUUAUUUACAGUUGUCCAAACGCUAGACUGUUUGAUAUUGAUGAUGUGUUGAAAUAACACCACUCUGAAUGGAAUCAAAUUCUUGUUAACUUAUCAGAUAUCUGAGGCCGAUGUAUUGAGUGUCCUGCAGAAGAAAAAAGAAAACGAAAACCAACCCAACACCAGUGAGGAGAUACCCACGGAGCUGUUGGGGUGUCCUCAGCGCGACCCUUUCACCACUGGGACAGAGAGAGAGAGAGAGAGAGAAGAAAAGCUAGUGCACGUAUACUGAACGUAUCAUCCCCCAUUGAUCAGUUAGCAUCCUGGAGCUGGACCUCAACUUUGGUCGCGCAAUUAUUGGCUAAAAUGGUAGACACACAGCAUUUUUGCUUACGAUGGAACAACUAUCAGAGCAGCAUCACCUCGGCGUUCGAAAAUCUGCGCGACGAUGAGGACUUUGUGGACGUCACACUGGCGUGUGACGGCCGGAGUCUCAAGGCGCACCGUGUCGUCCUGUCCGCAUGCAGCCCGUACUUCCGGGAACUCCUCAAGAGCACACCAUGCAAACAUCCAGUGAUUGUGUUGCAGGAUGUGGCAUUCACAGACCUCCACGCCCUAGUGGAGUUCAUCUACCAUGGUGAGGUGAACGUCCACCAGCGAUCGUUGAGCUCCUUCCUCAAGACAGCCGAAGUGUUGCGAGUAUCCGGACUGACCCAGCAGCAAGCUGACGAAACGCCCAAUCUAGCGCAAGUACAAACAUCGACUGGAUCAGGAAAUCGAACACCGGUCAGUCAUCAUCAUCCAAGCUAUACGGAUAAGUUAGUAGAGGAUGCCCUGUUUGCCCAAGGUGUUCCACCACCAUCGCAUCUCAACAACCUGCAGCAUACACCCUCGCCACAUGGAGGAUCAACGGUGAACCAGCUGCUGAGAAGGGCCGCCGCUGCUGCAGCACUCCGACGUGAACGAAACAAUUCCUCUCAAUCCGAUGAACUGCAACUCAAACGCCACCGAUUGUCUACGGAUGGUGGCAUUCUCGGCAAUAACAACAAUCUGGAUGUGGUGAGUCACAUGCCCCAAAUCACAGCGACAGACUUUUCCACCAGCAUGAAGACGAAUAGCAGUGCCCCGCAUUCGCCUCACAUAAAAGAGCAUCUCAGGCAUGAGAGCAACAAAACCCCUAACGGUAUGUUGCAGAUUUCUGUGUUGAGGAAUUAUUUUCAAAAAUAUUAUAUUUUUAUCUCCACAGGUAACAACAACAACAGCAUCAAUAUCAACAACAAUACAAACAAUAUGAACAACAACAACAACAACAACACUAUCAGCAACAACAACAAUAACAACAGCCUGAAUGCACAUGGCAAGGACAGCACGCACUUGGAUCAAUCGAGCGGUGGAAACCUGGCGGGUAUCGCUACGAAUGGUGGAAGUGGUGGCGGAAGUAUGGGCUCGAAUACCGACAAGGAAAGCCUAACGCCGUCACCGUCGGUGCGUUCGAGCGAUGACGUCAAGUCAGAACCAAUGGAGCUGGUAUGUAGUUCCAACGUUGAAAACGAGAACAGUUCCGACUCAAUUGUUGACGAUCAGCAUGACGUUCCACACCCCGCUGACAUCAAAGGAUCGCUCAGCUCACCGCAUGAAGAUGACAUGGACGGUAGCAUACACUCGCACACGGCACCUCCGUUCUUGAUAUCGCCUGGCGAUAAUAAGCUGUUCCCACCGCCAGGAUCGUUUAACUUUUCCAUGGCCGCACUGGCAGCGGAUCCUGCUGCAUUGGCGGGUUUUAACUCACAAGCACUCCAAGCUGCCGAACUUGCCGGAUCACCACAAGCAGGGCAGCAAGGUGCAGCUGCUUCCUCCUCACAACUAACGCCUCUGCGCAUUCCUCCGCCAACCAGUGGCGGCAUCAACGAGCCCCAGGAAUGUCCUUACUGUCGAAGAACUUUUUCAUGCUAUUACUCCCUCAAGCGACACUUUCAAGACAAGCAUGAACAAUCGGAUACGCUGUACGUGUGCGAAUUCUGCCAUCGUCGAUACCGAACGAAGAACUCCCUGACGACACACAAGAGUCUCCAACAUCGGGGUUCGAGCGGAAUGCUCAAACGAUUGCUCAAAACCUCGGCCAUCAAGAAUGUACUAGGUGGCGGAGGAGUGACAGGCAUCACCAACAACAACAAUAACAGCAACAACUCAGGUAUUCACGGGGCCAGCCAUCCGAGGCCACAUCUAUUUGACUUUGCCGCUGAGCUGGGUCAGCCACCGCCGGGAAUACAGUAGAGAUUCGUUCCGUUCCCACGUGUACUACAACUGCAUGGAGGUAACACUGAAGCAUAUACGCAAACGCAUCAACAGCAGCAGCUAAGUCAUCCAUAUUAAGUGUAUACAAUAUUCGAUAAGCAACGAUUGGCAGAGAUUGUCCAUGUCUUCAUAUCGUUGUCAAGUCAAAUCAAAUCACAAAAUCAACACGAUCGAGGAUCGUACACUAUCAGCGCAUAUCUAUAUGUAUGUAUAUUUUAAUUUUAAAUUUGAGUUUAUUUUUAAGGUUUCAAUCUUAACAUUACAAUUUUCACUGUAAAAACAAAUAAAUUAAAUCUGGUGGAAAAACGAUAUCAGUAAAGUGUGAAAUGGCGGAAGUGCAAUAAUUAUAACUGAUCAAAUCAAAAUCACAUUUUAAGUUAAACAAAAAGUCUACAUUUAAAACAUAUCUUCAAAACUUCAUUCUUUGUAAAAUGCAGAUAAAUAAGAAAAUCCCAAAAGUAAUGUUGCGUUCUAACACCGGUAGAAUGAGCUUCACUGUGCUAGGAAUCCACAGCAUUUUUUUUCUGCAAAACCAUGGAUCGUUGGAACCCAUGCCUACAACUAAAUGUAGUGCAAAUAGUCCUUCCGAACUUUACUGCAAAAUGGAUCUAAUAAACAUCAACAAUUAAAUAAAUUAUUAUUAGUAGAACAAUCGUUCAAUAGAGAUAAAUUGAAACUAUAGAAGAAAUACAUAUUGAAUUUAUAUUCAAAUAUUUCCGACUAGGUCAUUCCAAUCUUCAAAUGCAGGAUUCUGAUUUCUGAAUUCUGACUCUGAAAUCUUAAAACGGAUACAUGAGUUCUUAUCCUUAUUUUCAACUUCAAACAAAACAUAUGAAUAGCAUUUCGUGCUAAUAUUGCAGCUCCGUGGAUUGAAGCAACGGGAUAGUAUCUAGCACAGUGAGAGAAACUGUUACGGAAAGGAUCACUCUGACCUUAUCGGGUCUAGGAGUAAUGUAAAAUUAAGAUUUGCCUCAAUAUCAGUCGAGAAUCAGCUCAAGUUGCAAUCGACAUUAAUGAAACCAUAUCCAAGUUUUAAUUGGAAAGAGCAAACAGAAAAUAAAAGUUGUGCUUUGCUCUCAAUACGUUUUUUUUUUUGCUUUCAAUACAUUUUUUCUAUAUUUCUCCAUGCAUUCAUUCACAUGCACGCACACAUAUCACGCGUAACAAUAUCGAUCGUGUAUCUAGGACCGACAUCCUUAUGAUUUUUUUUAAAUGGAUAAAUACUGGUUCUCUAAAUCCAACCUCAUAUCGAACGUCGCACUUUUCUUUUUGCUUUAAAAACUACCUUCAGCCGUUUCAAACAACACGUUUUAAAUUUAAGAGUUCUUAAAAGGAAUGAAACUGUGAUUUGUAAAUUUUAACAAAAAAAGAUAAUUUUAAUACUACUUAUUUUGUCUAUCCCGUCUUGUAGAGGAGUGUAAUAGAAGCAAAAAAAACUUUAAAAUUAUUAAACUGAAAGAACUGAUUAGAUCAUUAUUAACUAAAUUUAAAAAAACAGAAAAGUGGAAUGAGUAGGAAAACUUAAAAACAAGAAAAUCGAAAAUACUAUAAGUGAUUUUGGCUGCCAAAGAUACUAUUAUCUGUUUUUCGAAAAAAUCGAUCACCACAUUUUCUACACUUCAGUUUCAUUUGGAUUUCGCGUAAAAUUGUGAAAGAAGAAGGAUAAUUAGCAAUUAGCACUAGUUGCAUACCGAAAGAGCCAGUUAAGGAAUGACCCAGAUUGAAAAUCAGGCGUUACAAACGCAAAAAUCAACGCAACACACAUCAGACGCAACAGAGCAACAACUACAACACACAACACAGUUGAAUACGAAAUGUGCCAUUUUUAAAACGUAGAUAUUAGAGGACCUCCUCCCUUCCCCUCUACCGAGAACAUCAUCACCUUCCUCUCUCAGUGAGACAGUUUUGAUUUUUGCGAUUUUGAGGAUUAGAAUGAUGAUUGCUGCAAAUGUUUUUCCGGCCGUAUUUGAGUGUACACAAACCAGCAUCGACGUCACGUGACAAAAAACAGGAAUAACAUUUAGCAAAAUCGACGAUAUACUCGACCAUUCUGCUACACUUCAACUUCUUUAGUCCAUUUGUAAAAUAAGGUCUAUCCAAUCCCGCCAAAUAUGUACCUACUAUUAGAGCUCAGCCGCAUAGAGUACCUCCUCAUUUCAUCAAAAUGGUUCAAGAUAAGUUGAAAAAAAUGAUAAUAGAAAAAUCAAACUAUAGCUCACCAAAUUCCAAUGGUUGAGUGUUCCGCAUUUUCCAAAUCUAACCAGAAUUUGGUUGGCUACACGAGUUUCUAGAACUUUUUUUUCACUCAUAACGCUUCAUUUGUAAUUUUCUGAAAGCUUCGGAAAACGUGUCUUUGCGAUCAAUCAAGCCUUCUACUUUUUUCAUAUUGACGCAGCUAUCGAGCUAAAUCAAAAGUUUUGAGGAGGUACCUACACAAGAUAGGUAGAUCAUUAGGUAUAACAUUGCGCUUAACCUCAAUCGACAGAGCCGUGUAAACGCAGGAUGAAAAAUAGUUAUGAAAUUUCGGAUGAUAAGUAUGGGAUUCGAAACAAAAUUACAAUUUAUGGAAAAUUGAGGGGUCCUUUUGUUCAAAUAAGUAAUCAGUCGCAUACUUUGAAAUAACUUGUGUAGCAAAUAGUAAAAUUUAUGCUAAAAAGCGUUCAAUAUUGAUUACGAUACAGUUUUUCUUUGGCAAUUUAGUAGUAUUUCAGCAAAAUAUUCGAAUUUCGGAAAGCAUUUUUUCAAAUGUAGUUUUAAAAAUAUGCUAAAAAUGACUUGUUACAAAUUGUAAUGAACGCUACUUUAUUUAAGAUCCAACAAAAUUAAAAAAAGAUCAGCUGUAAGGAAUUUAUCAAAUCGCUACUUUUUUACCUCAAUAGAAAAUUCACGUAAACAAUAUGUUUUCUAGUCGCAUAAGCGCUUAAUGCAUUGAUAAUACUUUGGUAAACAUUUUCAGAUUUUUUUUUGCAGAAUUUUAAAAUCAGUAGUUUUGUAAGAAAACUCAUAUUUUAACAAAUUUCCAUACAUUUCUGUGAAAUUUCUAUAACUAUUUUUAGGCAGGCCUACUAAUACAUAUGCAAGUAACGGAGUAGUAUACCUCUGAAUCUAGCUAUCCUGGUACCUACAUUCAAUAUCAUCAUUGCGUUUCCAGAGCAAACGUGAAUAAGCUGAAACACAUGUCUGGGUUCACUGCAUUGAAUCAAUAGAGAUCAACAAACGUGACCAAGGGUCCAAUUCUAAAAUUCCCCCGACGUAGUCCGAUAUAAGCCAAACAAUUCCCUCAGAAUAGUGCCAAAUAUGUACCUAUACAUAUGUCAACGAGUCGCGAUUACGUGGAUUACGUACGACCAUCCUUCAAUACUAGUGUACAUUCAAACGGAUCAUCCCUUAAAUCUUAUGCAUUCUAUAUUCGAAAAAAAUCAUCUCUGUCUAUGUGUUAAAAUUAUACCUCAUCUAUAUCUUUAAAGUUACAGCAGAUGAUUGAUGCCCAGCGACAUAAUUGCAAUAGAUGAAGCAAAAGUAAAUACUACCAAAAGAAUAACUACUCAAAACGCAAGCUAUACCUUUCCUAGGAAAGAGAAUCAGAAAACAUCAAAAUUAUUGCAAAAUAUCUUUCAAACAUAUCUUGGCUCAACUUUUACAUUUUUUACAAGAAAGAAUCAUAUUUUAAUGGAGAAAGUAAUACAAAUUAAAUAAAAAAAACUCAGUAUUAUAACUUUUAAACUAAUGUUUUUACAUUUGAAAGGAUUUAAAAAAAAAUCAUACAAGUUUAAAGUAAAGUGUCAUUUAAUUUAAUUACGAAUAGUACUAAGCAAAAUACGAAUUUAUAAAUGUAAAAAUAAUUAAGAGAGAAAAAUUAACUAUUUAAAGACAGCCACAUAUGCAUAUAGUUUGUAGUCAGGUAAGACUCUGUUAAUUUUAAAGAAAAAAAAUGAAGUUAUUUAGAUGAAACCAGCGCAGCAAAAAUACGAAUCAUUUAUCAAAACUUAUACGGUGUGAUCUUGGAAUUGCAACACCUAAUUUAAAAUACUAGCUCAAUAUUGUUUUACAUUACGCAGUGAAUUUGAGAACAAAAAAUAAAUAAAAACUCUAUUUUUCAACCGAUUUACAGUUUAUUUUCCACAUUCGGAUGAGAAACACUGCGAAUUUUACAUUUUCACAGUGAAUUAACGUUUGCCAACAAGCACACACACUUACACACAUUAUUCCGGACGAUUCUCUUUGUGUACAUCAGUGUAAAUGCGUUAAAUGUGUCAUCAAAAAGAGCGGAAACAGAAAUUUAAAUGAAAAAAAAAAACAAUGAAAGAGAUUCGUACGGUUUAAAUCUAGCAUAAUAAGAGUGAGAUGAAAAGAAGGUUUAAUUGUAAUGGAGCAAUCUAUAAAUAGUAAGCAAAACUUGAAAAGUAAAGAUGAAUCAUUCGAUGCACUGCAGCAGAAGUAAACAAAUACUGUAUAACGAGUAUUGUUAUCUAAUGGUACAUCCUAGUAACCUUGGUUGUAGUAACAUUUUCCACCACCUGCUAUGAUUUAAGUUUCCAAAAACGGGUUAUAAACAGUACUGUUGCCAAGCAACGCAAUAAUGCAUUUCGAUAUUAACUUCCCUCAUCAGCGUCUAAUCCAACAUCCCAUCCACGAUGAAAUUCCAUCGUACAUUUCAGUUACUCUAUCGUUUUAGAACAUUGCAAAAAAAACCAAACAAAAUCAAUCGUUAGAAAACAGAUACGAGAAGUCAAAUCAGUCAAAGCAGUAAACAAACAAAUAAACAAAAGUGUCAGCUACAAAACUGCAAAUUUAGACAAAUUAUCAGUUCAAAUGCAACCGAGCUGCCUUUCAGACAGUACAAGAUUACAGAGAAGUAAUAGAAAAAAUAUUUUAAAACAACAAAAUAAACUGAACAUUGCAACAUGUCAGAUAGAUAUUAAAAUAGAACUCUUUGUCUGAUUUAGAUAAUGAAAAAGUUUCCAUUCAAGCAGUAAACGAAAAGUAAAAUCUUAACAAAAAUGACGACAUACCUCAGGUUUUAGAAUACAGAAAAAGGGAAAUUUCCAAGAGCAACACAAAGCCAAUUGAUGAACGGAAUCAAAGUAGUGAAAAUUUAACUAAGCAUUAAAAGUCCUAGCCGUGAACCGGACCGGAAGCUAACCGGAAUUUAACAAUCCAGCUCAAUAAAUGAUAAACUGAUUAACUCACGCGGGCGUAACAGACAAGCUCAUCAUUUCUCAAAACUACACCCAGACAGGUUCAAAUAGAACACAGACUUGUGGGGAUGAAUAAACCAAUGGGUUUAAAAUCCCAAAAAAAAAAAAAAAAAAAAAAAAAAAAAAAAAAAAAAAAAAUAGAA